AUGACGACUUUUCAAACCUCCAUAGCACUUCUUCUGUACCACCUCACCCUCGUCCCUGCAACAUCCCUCCCAGUCCUCUCCCAAGCAUUAUCCACAAACAACAGCCUGCCCGCCAUCCUCAUCCCCACCAACCCCACCGCCCCGACCCCCCCACCCGGCUUCUCCGUCCGCCUCAACUUCAACUCCAGCGUGCAGCUCAGACCACUCGAAGUCUACAUCUACACCAUGGGACUGCUGACCACCCUCUGCUUCUCCCCCUGGACCUCCACCAUAACCCACUCACUCGUGAUGUCCGGAUCGGACGCAUCCACCGAAGUCGUCCUCAACCCGCUCCGCCCCUUCGACGACAGCACACUGGAGGUCCGCCACGGGGUCCUCGGCCUGUACAAAGCCGGCGUGGCGAUAGCGCAAGGGGGCCGAUUCACCAAACUCGACGCUCCACUCUACGUCCGGGAUCUGCAAGUCGGCUCCUUGCAAGUCCAGCCGCGGAGCACCCUAUCUUCGACCACCAACAACACCAACAACAACAACAACCAACCACAACCACCGACGAACCCAACACCCCCAUCAUCAAACGACCCAGCCACCCUAACAACCGACUCCGGCACGAUAACCGACCCCACAGACCCCAACUUCACCCUGACCUACCACUACGACGGCGUCCGCAUCAAAGCGCAAGACAUCUUCACCGCCUUCCUCGACGCCCUCGCGACCGCGGCCGAGCACGGCAACGGCGACCCGGCCGCCCACAUCCCGGCCGCCCGCAGCGCGGGCGGCGACACGGUGCUGAGCACCUGGACGGUCGGGCCGGGGGCGGCGAUGACGUGGCAGCGGUUGAAGCGGGCGUUGUGUCUGGUCUGGACGGCGCUGGUGACGGGGCGGAGGGCCCGGUUUGAGGGGUUGGCGUUCGGGGUGGUUUAUCAGGGGGUGGGGAUUGGGGGGGGGAGGUUGUUGAGGUUUGAUGGGGGCGGUGGGGGGGUUGAUGGUGAUGGUGAUGGGUAA